UGAUGGUAUGGUGAAUGAAGUCACUUUAUCCCAGGAAAUUUAUGAAACAAGAGAACCUGAUCCAUCAAUAAGGAACAACCCGGGCCCUUCAGUAAGGAACGACCCGGGCCCUUCAGUAAGGAACGACCCGGGCCCUUCAGUAAGGAACGACCCGGGCCCUUCAGUAAGGAACGACUCGGGCCCUUCAGUAAGGAACGACCCGGGCCCUUCAGUAAGGAACGACCCGGGCCCUUCAGUAAGGAACGACCCGGGCCCUUCAGUAAGGAACGACCCGGGCUCUUCAGUAAGGAACGACCCGGGUCCUUCAGUAAGGAACGACACGGGCCCUUCAGUAAGGAACGACCCGGGCCCUUCAGUAAGGAACGACCCGGGCCCUUCUUCAAGGAACAACUCUUCAACGAGGAAAAAGAAAAAAGUUGCAUACUACUCCCACAAGGAAAGAACGGCUAUCCUUGAUUACAUCAGCAAAACGAAGAGGUUCAAGGACAUAAAAGGCAGAUUGCUUUGGCAGGAUAUGGCAGAGGCCCAGAUAUGUCCUGGCAGAACAUGGCAGUCCUUAAAAGAACAUUUUCUUAAGCGCAUUAUUCCAAACCUCAGGCACACUGAGCCAUCCGACAAAGUAACAAAGCAUAUCUACUUCCCGUACACGGACUGCAGCACUAGAGAGAAUGCUGACAUUAUUCAUGGAAGUGAAGUGGAGAGACAAAACCAUGCAGUGGAAGAAAAUAGCAUACUUCCCAAAACAAACACUGGAGUUUCACAUAUGGAGGAAGAAGAGAGACAGGAGCCCCAUGUGGAAAUUUCUCCAGGAAGACAGAAUUGUUUGGAUUGUUCAGAGCCAUUUUCUGUAAACUUGCCAAUAUUUAUACAGGGUACAGGAAGAUGUGAAGAUGCAAUGUCUGAAGGUUUCCAACCCUUAGAUGUGGAUAAUGAGGAAGACGUGUCAACGGAUAUGUUCAUAGAAACUGAUUCAGAAAGGGAGGAGACGGAACAAUUCGAUCUUGAACUGGAGUCGGCGGAUUCGAGUGUGGAUGUUUGUGAAGAAACACAGGCCUCAGAACUGCAGGAUCACACACAGAGAGCACCAAAAAACGAUGAAGUCCAAACUUUUAUACCAGAAACAGAAGAUUUAGAUAAUGUAGAAAACUUGGAGGAUGUAAGUACUAGCAGGAACAAUGAAUUAGAAAUGGAAGAAAAUUGUAAGUCAAUUUCAUCACAAGAAACUAAUUGUGAUAUUAUUGAUGGUAUGCAAAACACUUUAUCUGAGGAUAAGCUGUUCAACACAGGAUCACUAGUUGAAGGUGUAAUCCCUGAUGCUAACUUUAACCAAAAUUUUUUAACAGACAGUGAAUCCAGUUGUGAAUCGGGGAGUUCAUCCUGUUUUUCGGGUUCUUUUAGUUUUGUAAUAAAAGAUGAGCAGAACCUGAAGAAUCACAUGAGAAGUAAUGAAAAAGAUGCCUCACCCUUGAAAGAUGAUAACACUGUGGCUCCCAUACAAAAAGACUCUUCAGAUGUAGAUACUAGCCCUGAAGAAAGGCAAAUUUCAUAUAUGGCAGCUGGCCAGCCCAAAACCAAGCAUAGAUCAAUUAGAUACACUAAAAGAGCCUUACGUGAACAGUAUUCAACAUCACCGGAAGAAAUAAAUCGCAUGCACCGAAAACGGUUCCAACCGUUGAAAAAUAAGAAAGGAUCAAGAUUUGCUUGUGACAUGAGCUCACCGCAAAGUGAAAUAGUAAUCCAAAGGCCAACACCAACAAAGCCUGAUAGGAAUCAUGUCCUUCAAGGAGCCUUAAGUGUGAAGCCUACCAGAACUACAAAGAGAGCAGCUUCUCCAGAGAAGAGAAAGAAACUAACAAAACUAUAUGACACGUAUGACAGUGAUAAUAUUGAGAGUGAAGAUGAUCACUCUUUUCUCAGCGAAGAUGACUUUAACACCAGUGAAGAUGAGGAGAUUCCUCAAAAAGGUGAUCAAAAUGCAUCUUUACCUGACAAGGCCUUAUAUAGAGACUCCUUCACAGGACGUUUUGAUCGUCUCUACAAUCCCACUACUGGAUGUAUACUAGGAGAUAAAAGAAGAUCUGUAAAUACCAUAAGAAAAAUUAGGCGUUAUGAACCUUAUUCCGUCAAAGAAGAUUUGGUGAUUAUCAAGUACAUUGAGAAACAUAAACUACAAGCAGCUGCAGGUGGCAUAGAAAUGUGGCAAAAUAUGGAGAGAGCUGGUAUUUUACAAA